GUGUCCCCAAACGUUGUGUACAUGGUGGCUGAACUCAUCAUAGCAACCCUCUCCACCGUGGGUAACCUGCUGGUGUGUGCCGCCGUUGGCCUCAACAGGAAGCUACGUACUGUCACCAACUACUUCCUAGUGUCGCUGGCCGUAGCCGACAUCUGCGUGGGUGCACUGGCCAUCCCUUGCGCCAUCCUCACUGGCGUUGGCGUGCCCCGCCACAACCUCUACCUGUGUCUGCUGAUGCUAAGUGUGCUCAUCAUGCUAACCCAGAGCUCCAUCUUCAGCCUGCUAGCUGUAGCUGUGGAACGCUACGUGGCCAUCUUCCUGCCCUUCCGCUACCACACGCUCAUGACGCCACGCAACGCUAUCCUAGUUAUUCUGGUGACCUGGGUGCUGGCUUUCCUCAUUGGCCUGGUGCCCCUCAUGGGCUGGCACAAAACGCCACCCGACUCGGGCUACUGCUUCUUCGUGUUCGUGGUGGACAUGACCUAUAUGGUCUACUUCAACUUCUUUGCCUGCGUGCUGGCGCCCCUGGUGGUCAUGUUCCUCAUCUACGCCAAGAUCUUCGUGACAGUCAAGCGGCAGGUACGGCGCAUCGCAGCAGAGCGCGGGGGCGGCGUGGGGGGUGCGGAGGGGCAGGCGGCCCGGGCGGCCAGCAUGAAGAGGGAGAUAAAGACAGCCACGUCGCUGUUCCUCGUCCUCUUCCUCUUCACUGCCUGCUGGAUACCGCUGCACGUCAUCAACUGCUUCCUGCUGCUCUGCCCUGGCUGCCCUGUGCCCCUGGAGCUCCUCCUCACCGCCAUUAUCCUAUCACACGCCAACUCCGCCGUUAACCCCUUCCUGUACGCGUACAAGAUGAAGACCUUCCGGAACACCUUUAAGGCCAUCUUCCUCUGCUGUAGAGCUCUAGGGGACUGGGAGGACGCGGCCGAUGGCGGGGGGACCACCACCCACCGGACCUGA